UUAUAGGUGAUAUUUAGAAAUAAUAAUAAGCAUCAAUGCCGAAAACAAAUGUACUUCAUUUGCUAGCAGCAAGUAAUAACCCAACUGCCGUGGACGUGGUACAAAAUUUGUUGAAAACAGGUCAGAAACAUGUCAAUGAACGUGAAGAAGAAGGGCUAACAGCAUUGCACGUUGCUGCUGCGUGGGAUAAUUUGGCAAUGUGUCAGUUACUGAUGUAUUUUGGUGCCGAUCCUUUUCAGGAAGAUGAUAACAGAAGAACAGCGAAAGAUAUGGCAAAAGGUUCGGUGAAAAAAUUUUUUGAGCGUCUCUAUGAAACCGAAACUCCUGAAAAGAGUCGAUCUAUACAGCAAUCAUUUUUGCGCGCUCUAAAUCGACUGUUCUCAUGUGGAACGAAUAAGGCAAUCGAAACACUUCCACAACUAGAGAGAUCGCAUUCCUGGUCACCUUCUUAUGAUGGGACUAAGAAUUUUCUGUCAGAGGAGGAAAGACGAUUACGGCUGGCUUUUCGGAAGAACCAACCGGGUUUUCCUGUUGAUAAAGCGAGAAAAAAAAAGUCCUUUUCUCCGAUAGAGAAAAAAUCAUCUGAACGAACAUCUGCUCUCACAGUGCACUCAGCGCAACAGUCCACUUCGUCAUCCGUGAAACUGCCUGAACCUGAAAGCGAUGAUAAUAUGACUUUUGCUACAGCUCCUGAAUAUAAUACUAGAGAGGAUCAUCGCUUGUUGUGUAGCCGAAAUUCGAGUAAUACAUCAGCUUAUAUUUUAUCCGAAGAAUUUGCAUCACUGAAACUUAGUCCAGCCUCUCCUCACGUCAUGGAUUCGAUGGCCAAAGAAUCUCAUGUUGAAACUUCAAGUAUAAAGAUUCCGGCGGAAAUUUUGGCAGUAGUGCGUCGGUUGUCAGAUGAACGGUUAAAACAGGAACUGGCCAAAAGGGGCGAGUGUAUCGGACCACUGCUUGAAAAUACGCGUCCAGCGUAUGAGCUAAAACUGGCGCGUUUGAUUGCAAAUCUACCUUCCAGUGUUUCAAAAUUAAAGUACAGCUGGGCACUUGAACGUUGGAUAGCCGGUCACUCAUUUUCUGAAGGUUCGAAGCUUGAUCAAAUUCUUAUAAGCAGUUUUGACGUAUUUCCCGGUGAACAAUGGAGAGGAGGAAAUAGGCCUACUUCGUUUUGUUAUAUUUUAAUUGAUCCUUCCGUUAUCAGUCUUCCUAGCAGUAACUGUACAAUGCAACAAUUUGUUGAUUCCAUAUUUUAUAUUGGUAAAGGGAAGCGUUCUCGUCCUCUCCAACAUCUGGUGGAUGCUGUUCGAGCCAAAGGUUUUGGCCAUAGUGUUCUAUUGAAAAGUAAAAAACUGCAAAGAAUUGUCAGUCUUUGGGAUGCUGGCCAUGGUGUUGUGUCAUUACAUGUUUUCCAGAAUACAAUUCCUACGGAAGCAUUUACAAGAGAGGCAGCGAUGAUUGAUGCCAUCGGUCUUCGAAAUUUGACGAAUGUUAGAAGAGGUGAUUACUAUGGUCCUGCGAAAAACUGGACGACAAAAGAGAAAACAGUCUAUGGCAGUUAUCUGUUGUUCAAUGCACUAUCAGUAUUUCAUGUUGAAGGCUGUCGCGAAAUAUAUGAAGAUGAUGUGCAGGAAAGAUAG